GAUCCAGCUUUUGUAAAAACAAAAAAUAAAAUUUUAACAUUUUAACUUUUCGAAUGAUCGUAACAGGAUAAUUAGGUUAAUGUUAUGAAAAUGGUUUAGAGUUAGAUUAAAUGCAACAACAACAAAAAAAUAUGAUACUUUUUGACGUUAAUUUGAUCAAAAGCUAGAUCCCUUUAACCGACUGGGACAUGUUGUUGAAGGGACGUUUAGGUUAGAAGGAAUUGGCUCAGAGCUCCUGUCACUCUUCAGCAUCAUCUUGUUGUGAAAACGAAAUGACAUCCAAAAAAAACAAACUAAAUUAUAGCUAAAAACAGAUCCAUUUUCAUUUAAGCUAUCUUGUCAGCUUGAGAUAUUAUCUCAGUCGGAACGCAGAAUUUAAUACUAAUUGUAUAUCAAGACGUCAUUCUUCAAUUGUAUUCAAUGGAGAAACGGAAUGGCCACCACGGCGAGAAUGAACCGAAGACCGGGGAGAACGAAGAAACGGCGCCUGCUCCACCGAAACAGUCGUGUUCAAGGAGUGACGAGUCGAAUAUGUUUAUAUUAGACGGUAACAACACGGAGACGACCACGACCGGGGGUUGUGCCACUACCGACGACCGACGCACAUCCACAUCCAACUAUUCGUCGAGGCAAAAGAUUGACUCCCUGGGAAAAAUCAGGCCACCCUUCCCUUGGUUUGGGAUGGACAUCGGUGGCACCCUGGUGAAGCUGGUCUACUUUGAGCCCAAAGAUAUCACAGCCGAGGAGGAGCAGGAGGAGGUAGAGAACCUGAAGAGCAUCCGGCGCUACCUGACCUCCAACAUCGCCUACGGUAAGACGGGGAUCAGAGAUGUUCACCUGGAGAUGAAGGACCUGACGAUCUGCGGACGCACAGGGAACCUCCACUUCAUUCGCUUCCCCACCCAGGAUCUGCCGGCCUUCCUACAGAUGGCACGCAACAAACACUUCUCCAGCCUCCACACCACCCUCUGUGCCACCGGAGGGGGUGCCUACAAGUUUGAGUUCGACUUCCGCCAGAUGGCUGACCUCCAGCUGCUGAAGCUAGAUGAGCUGGACUGUCUGAUACGAGGUGUUCUCUACAUAGACUCAGUGGUGUCCAAUCCUUCAGAGUGUUACUACUAUGAGAACCCUACAGACCCUGAACACUGUGUCCAGAAACCCUUCACUCUGGAGAACCCUUACCCUCUACUGCUGGUCAACAUCGGCUCUGGCGUCAGCAUUCUGGCCGUCUACUCCAAGAACAACUACAAACGAGUAACUGGGACCAGUCUGGGUGGAGGGACAUUCCUGGGGCUGUGCUGUUUACUGACUGGCUGCUCCAGCUUUGAGGAGGCUCUGGAGAUGGCGUCGCAGGGGGAGAGCACGCACGUGGAUAAGCUAGUACGGGACAUCUACGGAGGGGACUACGAGCGCUUCGGCCUCCCCGGCUGGGCUGUGGCCUCCAGUUUUGGGAACAUGGUGUGUAAAGAGAAGCGGGAGUCCAUCUCUAAAGAGGAUCUAGCCAGAGCCACCCUGGUCUCCAUCACCAACAACAUCGGCUCCAUCACCAGGAUGGUUGCGCUCAACGAGAACAUUGAGAGGGUGGUGUUCGUAGGGAACUUCCUGAGGGUGAACACCCUGUCCAUGAAGCUGCUGGCCUACGCCAUGGACUACUGGUCUAAAGGCCAGCUGAAAGCCCUGUUCCUCAGACACGAGGGCUACUUCGGAUCAGUCGGGGCUUUGCUGGAACUCCUGGAUCCAUCCUGAUUGCUACGGUGGCCCUGAAGGUCAAACUAGCACUUAAGACCCAAGGACUGCUCUCACCCAAAGCCAGACUCGCACUUAGACUGUUAAACCAAAGACUGUCCGUCCAGCAGGACCUUUACACUUCUAUCCUCCACACUCUAUUGGUGUGGUGUGCUUGCCUGUACAAGUAGCCAGGUAGGUGGGCUCUAUGGUAGACAAGUAGCCUGGUCCGUCUGCAUACGUUUGACAGGACUAUGAAUCCCACCAGGAACAACCACCGAUGUUGCCUUAACUUAACUGCUGGAUAAUCACAUGUCUGUUUAAACAGACAUGUUUAAUAUAAUUGCUUGAUUGCUCUGUCGCCAUCAGCAGCCGAUGGCUCAGCUCUAGAUGUUGACCUCCAUAGAAGGCUCCAUGGCUGGCGCCCAAUGGGCAUUCUACUGGCACUCGCGUCAGGGUUCAUUCCAGCCAAUACAGGAAGUACAUUGACGUUCCGAUUCUCUUCAAAUGCUUUUCAUUUAGGAAAAUGUGGAAUUUGGUUUACUUUCUCAAUUGACAGGAAUUGUAAUGUUACGUUAAAUUAAUGUUUUAUCUUUUACUACUGUGACGUUUUUCAGCUCAGCUGCAAAGUAAUUGCUACAUAUUGAUGGAAGAGGUUUUGAUUGAUAAUGGCAAAUGGAAUAUUUGUGGGUCUGUUUUGGACAUAAAUGUUAAGUUUUUCACCUGAAUGAACUGUUACCAACGAAUCAGACUCUUAUUCAACUUUACAUGAUAGUUACACAUUUAGUCUUUAUUCUGCCUUGAGACAAUCUCUCCUCUCUCUCUCCCUCUGUCUCUCGCUCUCUCUCUUGCUCUGUCUCUCGCUGUCUCUCUCUGUCUCUGUCUCUCUCUCUGUCUGUCUCGCUCUGUCUUGCUCUCCCUCUCUGUCACUCGUUGUCUCUCGCUCCCUCUCUGUCUCUCUGUCUGUCUCUUCUCCCCCAUACUAGUUUCAACUGUUGUCAUUAUUAGGCUUUACUUUAACUACUUUUUAUUCAGAUCACUAUGCUAACAGGUACUCUUCCUGGAGUCCAUACACAUAACUAAAAAUACAUUACAGUUUAAAUAAGACACGGUAGUAGACAACACAACACUUUCAGGGAUCUGGAUCUGCUAUAUUUGUGCAGUAUAGGGGUUUUGCCUCCAGAACACCCUGAAUUCUUCGAGGCAUGGAAACGUUGCAAGUAACGUACACAAGUUGGUUGUGUUCAGCCUAGUCAAAUCAGCUGUAUAUAUAUACAGUGCCUUGCGAAAGUAUUCGGCCCCCUUGAACUUUGCGACCUUUUGCCACAUUUCAGGCUUCAAACAUAAAGAUAUAAAACUGUGUUUUUUUUUGCACGCCCAAUUU